AUGGUACUAAAGACGUUACUUGACGAUAGUAGUGAUGAUGUAAAUAAGGAUUCUAACUAUAAUGCAGAUUCAGAUAGUUCUGAUGAAGAAAACAAUACUCUUCUACAAUCAUCUGCACCGCAAUCUAAUAAUACUACACAGAACAGCUUAGAAACGUCUUUAAAUGUUACUGAAAUCGAUAAAGAACCUAAAUAUAUUGUAAUUUCUGAUGAAGCAACGACUGAAAUAAUACUAGAUCAAAAUGUCAAUUUACCUAAUGAAUCUACAUCUGACAUGUUACUGCAUGAAAAUAUUUUACCUAUGAAUAUAAGUGGACUUUCUGACUUAAAUGUUGAUAUAGAAAACGAUUUACAAGUUACAAUAUUACCAUUUCCAGAAUUGAAUGAUAUAGACGUAUUCUUAAAUACUGAUUUAUGUUGUCAAAAUGUUGAAGAAAAUGUCGUUGAUAAUGGUACUGAAGACGUUACCCUUAGUGGUAACAAAGGUAGUAAUGUAGAUAAAAAUAACUGUGACGACGUAGAAUCGGAUGAUAAUAACAACAUAGAAUCAAAUAUCCAUAAAAAAUCAGAGGAAUUGCACAAAUCACAUUCCUGUGUAUAUAAUUCUAUUUAUGGUGACGAUAGUAGUGAUGAUGUAGAUAAGGAUCCUAACUAUAAUGCAGAUUCAGAUAGUUCUGAUGAAGAAAACAAUACUCUUAUACAACCAUCUGCACCUCAAUCUAAUAAUACUACACAGAAUAGCUUAGAAACUUCUUUAAAUGUUACUGGAAGUAAAAUGUGUGAUGAUACUAAUUUACAUGUUAACACUUCAAAAUCUAAAGGUAGCGGAAAACAAAUCUUUUGUUAUUAUUGCAAAAAAAUGCAAUCAAAGAUAAGUAGACACCUCGAAAAAGUUCAUAAAAAUGAAGACGAAGUGAAGAAGUUUACUACAUUACCUAAAGUUUCUUCUAAAUCGUUUGAGAUGUUGGGGGAUGAUGGGUGGCAACCCAUAGCUGUCGAAAUAGUGUCCGAUACCGUCCCUUCCGACGUACAUAGCGACCCAGUGUGUCCCGGGUUUUGUAUGAUCAUCGGUAUUAGCAAUAAUAGCCGCGGGUUUACUCCACACAGCUGGUAUCUCGUCAGAGGCGUAAACGCCUAUGGUAUCGCACGGUAUAUUUUGUAG